AUGCAGGAAUCGCUCGCCGACGAACUUGACCUUGCCUUUGAACUCGAGGAUGUAUCACUCAGUCCAGUACACUCGUUCGACAGAUAUCACAAAGAUUCCGAAAAGGAGCGGCGAGGAGAUCCCGGAGAAAAUCAGAAGAGUUGGGAACGAGGUCCCGGAGAAGUGAAAACACCUCCUGCCGCAGAAAUCCUCAGCAGUACCACGUUCGGCCAAACACCCACAAAGAGCAACCUCGUUAAGCACUGUAGUCCAAGUGAGCCCGCACCCCAGCCUAAGUCUCUGGAAGAGCAUACAAUCUCCAUCACUUCGAGAUACAACGUGAAAUUCAUUGAUAGGGACGCGGACGGUUUUUUCAAUAUGGAGACUAUGCCGACAGUCACUGAUGUUCAGCGACGAGUUCAACAGAUAAUGGGGAUCGCGGCACUGCAGGGGACUCUAGCCCCCGCAACAAUCUCUGACGCGGCUCCAUCGACCACUGGCAGCUCUCACACGUCUUCUUCCAUGGCCUUGCACUCAGUCAAACGUCCUUCGAUAGCUUCACUCACAUCAUCGUGA